AUGCUUAUUUUUGUUAUGAUGCUAAAGUUGAAUGCAUUCUUAAUCAUUAUAAAUGUUGCAUUAACAGCUGCCAUAAUCCCUUUACUCGGACAACAGUCGAUAAUGUUUAUAAUUUCUUACGUUAUUCAUGCUUCAUUAUUAUUGCUUUCAUUUAUUUCAUUGAUCCUCGCUUUUAAUUCGUUUAUUCGAAAAUGGAAAAUUGGAUUAUACAUAUUUCUUGCAUUAUGGGUAUUCUUUAUUGUUGACUUUACUUUUUUGAUCAAGGAUGGAAUUUCUGCUGCUUCAAGUGGAUGGUAUUUUUGGAUAACUACAA